AAGUACAGAACUUCCGGUAGGCAGUGUUGCCGUUUCGUUUCACACAGCUCAGACUUCAGUGUUUCUGUUAUGGACUGACAGAUACACGGCCUGUGGAAUUAACUUUUUCUCAAUCUUAGAGACACCGCCCCUGUCUGGACAGAUAGCGGCGGGGAUGCGGCAUCGACAUGGGAAAUCUUUUCGGGAAAAAGAAAGCAACUCGGGUGACCGAGCAUGACAGAGCUGUGCUGGUGUGUUAGACUGCUAACUGGCUAAUCUUUCUAGUGUGAGAAAUAGAAGUUAAUAAUGCAACUGAAGCAGCAGAGAGAUAAACUGAAGCAGUAUCAGAAGAAGAUAACUCUUCAGAUGGAGAAAGAGCGACAGCUGGCCAAACAGUUAUUGAACGAUGGAAAGAAAGAGAAAGCACUCCUAAUCCUCAAAAAGAAACGCUACCAGGAUCAGUUACUGGACAAAACUGAAAAUCAGAUAAGCAACCUGGAGCGGAUGGUACAAGAUAUUGAGUUUGCACAAAUAGAGAUGAAAGUCUUUGAAGGACUGAAAGUUGGCAAUGAUUGCCUGAAGAAAAUGCAUGAGAUGCUGUCCUUAGAGGAGGUGGAGAGGAUCAUGGAUGAAACGCAUGAUUCCAUUGAGUAUCAAAGGCAAAUUGAUGAGAUGCUGGCAGGAUCUCUGACCCAGGAGGAUGAGGAGGCUGUGCUAGCAGAGCUGGAAGCCAUCACUCAGGGAGAAGCUGACCUUGAUCUUCCUGAGGUGCCUGGGGAAGAACUACCAGAGGUUCCAGAGCAAGAGCCAGUGCGGGAGAAGGAGAGGGUGAAAAAGAAGCCAGAGCGAGAGAUGUUGGCACUGUAAAUACAGAUUUAUCAUACCUCCAUGUCUGUUCUCGUGCCAUUCCACUGGAGACCUCGAGGGCUCGUCCCAGGGAGUGAUUGACAGUCCUCCUUCUCAUAUAUGUUGCAGAUCUACAAUUAUGCCAUUUUUCUAAUUGUAUAUACACUGCAUACUGUAUGCCAUUUAGUUUAGAUGAUUAUUCUGAAAUACUCUUAAUAGUGCCUGGUCUUUUUAAACACCCUACUGUUUUGUCUGAUCUUUUAAUUAUAUAUCAAAGGCGUGUCAUGGCAAUGCUUGUAACUUUCUAAUGCAUGCAUCACUUAUAUUAUAACAAUCUCUGUUAAAAAUGAUCCCCAAAAAUGAGUGUUCAAAUACAACGUUUAGUCAGAAAGAACAUAAACUGAAGCAUUUCCAUUAUGAAUGUGCAUUUAUAAACUUGU